UCUGUCGGCCCCGCCCCUCUCUGUGCGUGUCCUCCGCCUCCCUCAGCACUCACUCACUCUCCUCCGCUAGCUUAGCCUGCUAGCUGGCAGCCCAGGUAAACAUGGCCAUGUCGCAGGCUCUCUCCGAGGAGGAGUUCCACCGGAUGCAGGCUCAGCUGCUGGAGCUGCGGACGCAGAACUACCAGCUGUCCGACGAGCUCAGGAAGAACUCUGCCGAGCUGAAUGCCGUCCGGCAGAAGAACGUGGUUUUGGAGAGAGAUUUUGUCAAAGCACAGAAGGCUCUGAACAAGAGCAAGAAAGCUCAGGAGGUGGAUGCGCUGCUCAGUGAGAACGAGAUGCUGCAGGGGAAACUUCACAGUCAGGAGGAAGACUUCAGACUUCAGAACAGCACGCUGAUGGCAGAGCUGUCCAAGCUGUGCACGCAGAUCGAGCAGCUGGAAAAAGAAAACCAGGGACUGAAGGAAGGGGGAGGGGCCUCUGCAACAAGCCCCACCCCUAAACCCGCCUCCAGCCCCGUGGAUGGAGAGCUGCUCCGCCUCCAGGCUGAAAACUCCGCCCUGCAGAAGAAAAUGACAGCCCUGCAGGAGCGCUUCGACAGACAGACGGUCGCCCAGGGCAACCGGAGCGACGCCACGGAGACCGACGGGCCCGCCAGCGCCAACGGAGUCUCUGAUGUCGCAGCGAGAGGGGAGGAGCCAGCUGCAGAGGGAGCCAAUGAGAGACUGGAACAGGCGGAGGUCAAACUGGAGCAGAGAGCGAACCAGUUAAGUGGCCUGUCAGAGACGAGCGUAGAGGAGAUUGUAGCUAAGCAGGCAGCGCUAGGCUGGUCGGCUGCUCUCUGUCCAAUAACACACUGCUUUGGACCAGAGCUGGAGAUGAAACUGAACACCGAGCAGGAGGAGAAGAGGCUGCUGAGGGAGCAGAUCCACAGCCUGGAGGCGUCCAAACAGGCAGAAAUCACCAAACUGCAGGAAGAGAUCACCAAGCUGUCAGACAAGCUAAAGAAGAAGCAGGAGAGUUUCCAGCGACUGCAGGGAGAGAAGGAAGCUCUGUACAACGACAGCAGGACGAAGAUCGAUGAGAUCAACCAGAGGAAAGAGGACGAGAUCAAGUCCAUGAACCUCCGCGUCCAGAAGCUACAGUCAGACGUCAUGGCAGCCAAUCAGACGACAGCAGAGCUGAGAGAGCAGCUGCAGAGCAAAGACAGAGAGCACGAACUGGCUCUGCACACACUCAAAGACCAGGCAGCCAAUCAGAGCGCAGUCAGUCAGGAGCAGGUGGACAACAUCCUGCAGGAGAACGAUGCUCUGAGGACAAACCUAGCUGCUCUAGAACAGGAGAACGAGGCUCUGAGGACUAACCUGUGCGCCCUGGAACAGAUCCAGACAGUGAAGACUCAGGAGUUGAACCUGUUGCGUGAGCAGCAGGGGGCGCUGUCUGCCGAGCUGCAGCAGAGAAGAACUGAGCAGGAGAGUCUGCUGGCCCAGAGGGACGACCUGAACUCCCAGCUGCAGGAGUCGAGUUUCGCCAACAGGAAGUUGUUGGAGCAGCUGGCAGAGGAAGGUCAGGAGAAAGAGAGAAUGCUGAGAGAGCUGGACGAGGCCAAGAAGACAGCAGAGAAGAGGAAGGCCAUGCUGGACGACAUGGCCAUGCAGCUGAACCAGGAGAAGUCGGACCACAAGGAGGCGCUGUCCGACCUCAAACUGCAGCACGAGAAGGAGGUUUUGGGGGUCAGGGCUCGUUAUGAGAAGGAGCUGCGAGGACUCCACGAAGACAAGAAUCGCUCCGAGGAGGAGAUCAGACAGCAGCUCCGAGACGAGAAGGCUCGGACCCGGGAGCUGGAGGGUCUGCAGCAGAGUGUGGAGGAGCUGCAGGCUCAGGUUCAGUCCAUGGAGGGAACCAAAGGCUGGUUUGAACGCAGACUGAAGGAGGCCGAGGAGAACAUUGAAAAAAACUCUCUGGAACAUCAGGAGGAGAUCGGCCGACUGCAGAAGGACCACACACUGCAGCUGGAGGUGAAGCAGUCGGAGGUGGAGGGAGUGAGGCAGCAGCUGGUGGAGGUGGAGAAACAGAGGGACGAGCACAGCGACACCAUAGGGAAACUCAAACAGGAGAUAAAGGACACGGUGGACGGUCAGAGGAUUUUGGAGAAGAAAGGCAGCGCAGCGCUGAAGGACCUGAAGCGGCAGCUGCAGUUGGAGAGGAAGCGAGCAGAUAAACUCCAGGAGCGGCUGCAGGAAAUCCUGACCAACAGCAAAACCCGCACAGGUCUGGAGGAGUUGGUUUUGUCGGAGAUCAGUUCUCCCAGUCGGACUCAGCAGACCGGAGACUCGUCCUCCGUCUCCUCGUUCUCCUACAGGGACAUGAUGAAGGAGCCGCAGCCGGCCAAUCAGAACAAGUCGGGCGGGGGCAGCCCUCAGUCUCAGCGUCCUGCCGAGCUCUCAGACGACGAGGUGGGCGAGCUCUUCCAGCGGCUGGCCGAGGUGCAGCAGGAGAAGUGGAUGCUGGAGGAGAAGGUGAAACAUCUGGAGGUGAGCUGCUCCUCCAUGGCUGAGGACAUCUGCAGGAAGAGCGCCAUCAUCGAGACCUACGUGAUGGACAGCCGCAUAGACGUGUCGGGCGCGGCCCUGGGCGCUCAGGGCGACAGAGGAGGUCUGGGCUCGGUUCUCAGGGAUUUGGUGAAACCGGGAGACGAGAACCUGCGGGAGAUGAACAAGAAGCUGCAGAACAUGUUGGAGGAGCAGCUGACCAAGAACAUGCACCUGCAGAAGGACUUGGAGGUUUUGUCCCAGGAAUUAGUCCGUCUCAGUAAAGAGAGCAGUCCUGGUGGCAGCGUGGCUGGGUCUGGAUAGGACUAAUGCCUGGAUAUUUCUCCAUCCCUCCCCCCCGCCCCCCCCCUCCAUUCUCCUCAGACAGGGGAGGCUGGGGGCUCAGACUAUGACCCGGAUCCUCUUCUUUCCAUUCCUGCUUUCCUCUCAUGACCUAAGACCAGCGGAGGUCUCUGACUAUGCUCUGGAGGCUUCGUCAUUGCACCACUCAAGUCCACCAGCUGGGCUCCAACUAAAUGCUGGAAACUGUCCCUCUGCCAUCUCUGAAUGACAGGAUGAAGAGAAACGAAAAGAUCUGGAGGUGGAAUAUAAACGACAGGGGGAAUGGAAAGAUAGAGAAAACGACUGAUUGAACUAAUUGAAUGUAAGGCAAUUAGACUGUACCACUCAGCUCUUCUGUCUGUCAGGUCCUGGCUACGUCCUGGAACACACACACACACACACACACACACACACACACACACACACAAAUGCGUGCUUGUAACAGACUCAUGGUUUCCAUUGUAACUGACUGUAAAUCUGCUUUACUGGUUUCUAUGACUGUAUAUCUGUCAGCUGGAACCUGGCUAUGUCCCGGAACAAGUGCUUGCAAUAGAAGUAUGAUUUCUAUUGUAACUGACUGAAUUAGCUGCUUUCACUGGUUUAUGUGCGUUGUAAUUCUAUUGUAAUCUAAUCUCUCCAUUGGGACAUGGCUAUGAGCUGGCCUACCUGCCUGGAACAGAACUGUAUUUUGCAUUACGAUCACACACCUGCACAUUUACUGUGUGCAGUCUUCAAGCCAUUUAAUUAGUAAGGAUCUGGCUACAUCCUGGAGCAUCUCCCGUGUCAAAAUUAUGCCUCAUUUUGCGCCUGACUGCGUUUUGGUUUGUUUGCUUUGUGAGUUAAGAGUGCCCUGUCUUUGGACAGGGCACUAUGGUCUAGGUCUAGAAUCUAUGGUCUAGGUCGUGGAAUCCAGGUCUAUGUCCUGGAUUCCACGUUUUAACUCUUAACGGUUCCCUUCUGUCACUGAGGCGUGUGUCUGUCGGCCCUGGCUAUGUCCUGAACCACGCACAUACUCCUGUACAUUGCAAUUGACUGUAUAUCUUUUUUGGUUUCUCUCUGUAACGUUUUUCUUUUAAUGCCAUUGUCUCGGCCGGGCUCUGUCUAUGUCCUGGACGACAUGCCCUUGACCUCUUGCAGUGUAACCUGAUGUGUCUUGUGUAUCUGCUGUGUUGCUCUGAUGCCUGAUCCGACCCGACCGCUACUGAGCAUGUGCAUCUGUCAACACAGAUAGGACAGAUGUGAGAUGUCUUACUCGUUAGCUACAUUCAUCAUCAACUCUGGAAAACAUCUUUUUGGGUCAGCCUGCUGCAGCGUGGAGUUUAAAAGCCCGAGCGUCUAAAAACAGUUUGAACACUGACAAUAACACACAACUUUACUUCACAAUCUUUUCAAACACAGAUAGAAAACCAUUUCAUGCCAAAAUUAUUAGUAUCUUUAGUCUGUUUGUUUUUUUUUAAACGCCAGCUUCAUCAAACUGCACCAAGAAGAUUUAAAAAAAAUGUUUUUAAAAAGAUUUAACGGAAGACAUUCUGAGAUAAACACAUAAUUUUUUUUCCAGAGUUGACAAUGAAAGUAACUAACGAGUGAGACAUCCCUUUUCCGUCCUAUCUCUGAUGGCAGCUGCACGUGCUCAGUAGCAACCAGGUAGCUUUGGUCUGAGCGGGAUGCAAAGCAGCUCCAGGAGAAUCCGCUGAGUGGAUCUCUCCUCUCUGAAUUCAGACGGGACACCAAAUGGCUCAGCGGCUCCAACUCCUCCUCCUCAUGUUGGAAGUGACUCCUGUUUUGAUUUGAUUUGAUUUUAUUAUUAUUUUUUUUUUUUGUAAAUCAGUUUUGGUCGCUCUGGAAAUAUUAGUUUUGCGAUCGCAGCUUCCAGUCAUCAUGUAACGUCGCAGCGCACGGGAUGCAGUUUAAUAAUAACACGGGACGCCAAACGGCACAAGGAAACACCUGCAGGGCCGUGGCUACGUCCUGGACUACAUGAAACUGAAGCAGACCUCGUGUGUCUUUAUCUUGUAACUGUAUAUCUUGCUUUGAUUGUUCUGUCACCAUCUACGUCUUGAGCUGUUUUCAUGAAUUCACCUCACGGACACGGGGACUCCAAACGGCGCAGUGGGGAGGCAGUCAAACUGUAACUCUGCUUUUCUUUGACUUCAUUUUUUUGUUGCUUUUUUAAAAUAAUUCUGUGUGACCUGUCGGGCUCUGGCUACGUCCUGGACCAGGCGGCUGCGGCGGAGCUUGUCUGUGUUUGUAUGUCUGCUUUGGUUUCUGGGAGUUUGAAAACCUGCAGCUCAAACCCGGGACAGAAAAUGGCGCUGAGACAAAAACAACACCCGCAACCGCCUGUCUUGUUUGCUACACGGCCGCUGACUACGUCCUGGAUUACAGGCCUUGUUGCUGUAGGCCUCAUCUACUGACCGGGCCAUGGCUACUUCCUGGACUGCCGCCUGUAGCAGGACUUUGUGUUUGUACGUUGUGACUGCCUGUAUAUCUCUGCUUUAUUUUCAUUUGUACACUGCAGACACGCUCACGCUAGUAGAGCGACUGAGUCUGACGCUGGGACUUUAAAUCUGAAGUUUGUUUAAUCCGAUGAAAAAAAAAAUAAUCCGUGUUUCCAAAGCAGCUCCACCGGUUCCAGGAUGUUUUCCUCCGAGCC